AUGUUACUGAAGGCUAUAAUUCAAACCAGUAACACACGCAUAUCUAUCUAUCUAUCUAUCUAUCUAUCUAUCUAUCUAUCUAUCUGUUAUGAACGUUCCUAUUCUAUUUCUGUCAAUUCUGUUCAAAUAUGUCUUCUUUAUCUGUUUUCCAUUACUUCCUCGUCUUUAUACAUUCUUAUAUUUUUUUUUCUCCCGUUCUUCUUUUCUAGACUUGUCCUUAUUUUAAACGAUCACCCGUUUUCCUUUUCAUUAUCUUGCACCUUUAACAUUUCUUUCUGUCGCUUCAAAAUUCUCCAGUUUACUCUCUCCUACCUCCUACACCGAAGCCAUCUUUUUUUUAUCCUUUCUCGUCUCUCUACUCCUACUAUUCUCUUAAAACCUACGAUUUCUCCUCCUUAUUCCUUUUACUCUAUGCCUGCUUUCCUUCUGUUUACGUCUUGCGAAUUCUCCCACUUGUUCACAUCGUUCCAAACUCUUCUCUAUUUUCUCAUAAUCUUUAUACAUCUUUACAACAGUUUCUUAAAACUACUUGUUUCUUACCGUUUCGAUAAUUUCCUCUUUCCUUGUUAUUUUCUUUCAUUUUCCCGAUUAUAA